UUGACAAAAUGGAAAAGUCGCAAAGUAAACCAAGUUUGUUCUUGCUCCUAGUUAUUUUGGGCAUUACUCUUGGACAUUUUAAGCCCAUGGACUUAAAUAAGAAAUCCCAUAACCCCGAGGAAAGGGAAAACUACUUCGAAGGUGACAUAGUGCUCGAAGACUGGAAUGCCCGAUCCAACGGUAUCAAUGUCCGUAAUGGCGUGUUGGACCUGAGUCUUCGAUGGCCAGGAGGCGUUGUGCCCUACGAAAUCAAUGGCACAUUUUUACCCAACCAGACGAAAAAAUCGAAAAUGCUUUUAAGGAAUUUCAUACCUGGACCUGCGUGCGUUUUAAGCCUAGGACCACCGAAAAGGAUUACAUCUCGAUUGUAAAUUAUAAGAAAGGUUGCC